GCCUUUAGCGCCGUGCAUCUCCGAGUCAGUCAGUCAGUCAGUCAGUCAUUGAGUCAGUCAGUCGGUGAGUCGGGUUGACGGUACACGCGUGAGAGGAGAGCGAUCAAGAGUUGACCGGUUGAGCGCGAAACAACCAAAGAGGAGUGCAGUGAACGAAACCAAAUCGAUACCAAAAGAGGAGGGGAAGUUAGCUCGAUUUAGGGGAAGGAGGCGGUGGAGGCGGAGGAGGAGGAGGAGGAGGAGGAGGAGGAGGUGGUGGCGGCUAGUCGUUUUUCGUUUUUCGAGAUGAUGCAACCAGGGUAUCGCGCGAGUUUCGCUUGAGAGUAGAGAAUCCUCGGGUUCGGUGAAGUGUUCACGGGAAAAAAGAAGUAAAAGUGACGAGUGAAAACAGGAAGAUCAAGACGGCCAAGAUGAUGAAGAAGGAGAAACCGAUGAUGUCGGUGACCGCCAUCAUCCAGGGGACUCAGGCCCAGCAUUGGUCCCGUGGGAACACUUGGCUAAGUCUGGACAACAGCAAUAUGUCCAUGUCCUCUGUAGGCCCACAAAGUCCGCUGGAAAUGAAACCUGAAACAGGAAACCUCAUCAAUCCAGGAAACUUCAGCCCGUCCGGACCCAACAGUCCGGGCAACCUUCUGAGCACGUCGCCGAGUGGCCAGAACAAAGCAGUCGCACCCUACCCGCCGAACCACCCUCUUUCCGGAAGCAAGCACCUCUGCUCGAUCUGCGGUGACCGGGCCAGUGGCAAGCACUAUGGGGUCUAUAGCUGCGAGGGUUGCAAGGGCUUCUUCAAGAGGACCGUGCGCAAGGACCUGUCGUACGCGUGCCGCGAGGAGAAGUCGUGCAUCAUCGACAAACGGCAGAGAAAUCGAUGUCAGUAUUGCAGAUACCAGAAAUGCCUGGCGAUGGGUAUGAAGAGAGAGGCGGUCCAAGAGGAACGUCAGCGUACGAAGGAAAGGGAUCAAAGCGAGGUGGAGAGCACCAGUAGCCUGCACUCGGAUAUGCCGAUCGAGCGCAUCCUGGAAGCCGAGAAACGAGUCGAGUGCAAGAUGGAACAGCAAGGGAACUACGAGAAUGCAGUGUCGCACAUUUGCAACGCCACGAACAAACAGCUGUUCCAGCUGGUAGCAUGGGCGAAACACAUCCCGCAUUUUACGUCGUUGCCACUGGAGGAUCAGGUACUUCUGCUCAGGGCCGGCUGGAACGAGUUGCUGAUAGCCUCCUUUUCCCACCGUUCCAUCGACGUGAAGGACGGUAUCGUGCUGGCCACGGGGAUCACCGUGCACCGGAACUCGGCGCAGCAGGCUGGCGUGGGCACGAUAUUCGAUCGAGUACUUUCGGAGCUUGUGUCGAAAAUGCGCGAGAUGAAGAUGGACAGGACGGAGCUUGGUUGCCUCAGAUCUAUAAUACUCUUCAACCCCGAAGUCCGAGGACUGAAAUCCAUCCAGGAAGUGACCCUGCUCCGCGAGAAGAUCUACGCAGCCUUGGAGGGCUACUGCCGCGUGGCCUGGCCCGACGACGCAGGAAGAUUCGCGAAAUUAUUAUUACGCCUACCGGCCAUCAGGUCGAUCGGGUUAAAGUGCCUGGAGUACCUGUUCUUCUUCAAAAUGAUCGGCGACGUGCCGAUCGACGAUUUCCUCGUGGAGAUGCUAGAGUCACGAUCGGACCCUUAGGAGCAGAAGGUGUGCCGCGUCUUGGGGCACACCGAUCUAUAAGAAAGAAACAACGGAAAAGAAGAUAUAUAUAAAUAUAUAUAGAUAUAUACAUAUACAUAGAUAUAUAAUAUAUCAAAAAGCAAGGAACAGCAUUGAAGAUAUACGUGUGUAAGAAAAGAAAUUCCCGUGGAUAACUCCAAUACGAUGCCUCGAACGGUAAAAAGGCGAGAAAGCAAAAGGAAAACAGGUACCCUCGCGUGUCGGGUGAGAUGGAAUUUACUUACGUUUCUCUUCUACACCGUUUUAUUUAUACCUGUUCGUUAGCGUACUAUGUCCGACAUAUUAUGUCCUUUCCUUCGAUUCGUAUCGAGAGCAUGCCGGAAGUGGAGCAACGGAUGCACUCGCAGAGAACACGCUCGCCGCCAGCAGCAGCGAACACCCCCUCGAAGUGGAACUUCAACGAAUGCCCGAGCUCUGGAACUGGAACGGCGUUGCGCCCCCGGAACGAUCUCUCUGCGUUCUUUAGUCUAUAUGGCACGCGUUGCGUAUGUGCGACAUGCGCCCCGUCGUAUGUUCGGGCUAGGUUCACACGCGUGGCGAUUUCCUCUGCCGGAUAGUUGGCGAUAUUUGCACGAUUCUCGAUUCGCACGAGCUUCGAUUGCACUCACGUCGAAUCGUGCACCCCCUGCGACCACGUGCAAGUUCCUAAGACGCUGUUCUCUCAUGUCUUUUUUGUUGCCUUUUUGCAUACGCCUCGUAUUCGUUUCCCCGUUGACGUGUCAGUUUCUCUGCUGUCUUUCAAAGUAUAAUUGUUGUACAGACACGAUUCUCCGACGAUCUCCUCCGAUCACUGUGGAUACGGUCCUCGACGUGGGUGCAAUCCGUAAUAAGCGUAACAUGUUGUUGUCGGGUUAUAUUUACAUUCCAACGCUGCCUCGAUCCGGAUCGUCGUUUGGAACAGCCACGAUCGCAUCUAGAUAUUAUUAUUAUUAUUAUACAUGCAUAA